AUGGGUGAACGGAGCGCCGGCUUAGGCCAGCAAGACGCCGGAGACGGCGCUGGCCAGGACGAAAUCGAGCUGGAUGAGAAUGGCCAGGGCCAAGAUUGGCGCCACCUCCCCGUCACGUUGUCGGGAGACUUGAUGGGUGUAAUGGUCUGCACGAAGCCGCCUAUGAAAAAGCCCGAGAGCCCCCUUGAGCUGUUUUGCCACGAGCAGCAGCGACACGAGCGCAUUGCAUUCAUGAUGCGCGGGGACGAGCAUGUCUCCAAAUGGCCGAUCGACGCGCACAACACAAGAGGUGGUCAGCCAACAUUCCAGACGCAACCACAUAAUCGUUUCCAACAUGAAGAUACUCUCAUGAAAGACGCUGGGGAAGCCGCUGCUGCCAACAGCAAGCACUCAAGCUCGCCAUUCCAAGUCAAACUCGAAGUAAAUGGCAGCGACAACAUGGAGGAAGACCCGCACCUUGAGGAGAUCAGGAUCGCUGCUCGCAUCAAGUAA